AAAUGGUUCCCUUCCCGUUUCGGGGCCAGGAAUGCUACUAAAUAUGUGCGCAGCUCGGACAACCGAGACAACAUGCCAUGGCAGCAGAACUACAUAAGAAGAAGAGUCGGGGCCUUCUCUGUCUUUGUUUGUUCUGAAAGAAAACGAGAAUCUCUAUCAUCUAUCUACGCACCCCCUGAGUGGUGUUUGUUCUGCAUUGUUUUCUGUCCCCGUUCUUUCUUUCUUUCUUGAGGUGUUGUUAUUCGCGAAGGCUGUGUUUAUUCUCAACCACAACAACAGCGUACAGUAUUAUAUUAUAAUAAUCUGGAGAAUACCUAGAUAGGUAUAGAUAUGAGGAUGCGUGGACAGAUGAUUGUUUUCAUACCCUGGACGCUGCUCCUAGGCUUCGGGGCUGCGAUCACAAUUAUCCCGGUUUUGGAAUCUACCUCCACGGUCGCUGCUGUGUCGGAUAGCUUGUCGACGAGUGAGAGUUCGAGUCUUGAGGUGGCGUCGACGGCGGGAUCUUCUGUUAUUGCGGUUUCGGCGGGGACUUCUUCGUUCGGCUUCAGUACUGGGAUCAGUACUACUGGUUCUACUUCCUCUACCUCCUCCUCGUCUUCGUCCUCGUCCUCGUCCUCCCUGUCCACUUCUACUUCCAACAUCAGGUCAAGUAGGAGCACCAGCACCAGCACGAGCACCAGCACGAGCACCAGAACAAGCACCAGCACCAGCACGAGCACUAGUUCAACCCUAUACUCAACCCCGACCCCAAGCAUAUUCAUCAGUACCACCCCACCCACCAGCACCAACACCACCACACCAUUAUCGUCCCCAACCAGCCUCCGCGCCGCCCUAACUCCUCCGUCCUCCAAUUCCUCAAGCUUCCUCCCCCCUUUCUCCACCAGCGCAGCCCUUCCCAGUCCCCCCACGACGAUGAUGGUCCCUACGCCUUUCCAGGCCGCUGGAACAGCGGGGUUCGUGACAGCUUCGGCGUCGAUGGUGUCGAUAGCGGUUGUGGGGGUGCUGGGGAUGUUGAUGGUUGCGUGAGGUGGAC